GUAAUAUUCAACAAAUAAUAUGUCAUGUCAUCAAAAAAUGCCUCCACUAAACGAUAUUUUACGCUUUAAUUUGAAGAUUUGUUUAGUAUUUCCUAUAAGUCGCUGUUUUGCUGACCUUCGACAUGGCUACUCAAUGUUGCAGUAUGGUCACAAGUUGGAUAGAAGGAUGAUAACGUCGUAUGGUGGAUAUAGUAUUCUGGAUUGUGUAGAGGAAUGUCUGAGAACAACACGAUGUCGGUCCGUCAACUACCACCAGGGAGCACACUUCUGUCAGAUCAACUUUGAAAACAACGUUUCUACACCUGCGCAGUAUAUAGAAAAACCUGGAUGGAUAUACAGUAAUAUAGAGGACUGGAACAGGGAUAUUGCUGGAGCUUGUUCAACUUCUAAUUGCACUCUCAAUGAAAAAUGCAUCCCAAAGCCUUUUGGAGAGCAUGACUGCGUCUUGUCAGAUUGUGGUUUCCCUUUGGGAGAAGGAUUUUCACUUGAUAACGUGCGGGAAUGGGAUGCUAUUGGAAUAACAAGAGGUCUCCACAUAACGUGCUCUUCUGAGUAUCAACAAGAGGGUUCUGAACGUUUUGUCUGUUUAUCUAACGGACUCUGGAAGACAAACUUGAACUGCACUUUGAAAGCCUGUCCUGUCGGUUAUACAGAGGUAUUGUCCAAUUCUACAAGAGUUUGUCUGCGAUUUGUUGCUGAACGUAAUUGGUAUUGGGUCGCCCAACGUAUCUGCUCAGCUGAUGGUGGAGAUCUUGUGAGAAUAGACACACCAGAUAUCAGACUUGCCUUCUUACAUUUUGUUAAAGACAAUAUUGCAGAAAGUGAAACUAACGACAUAUGGAUCCAAGGCAAAAAAGAUGACGGCGUUUGGAAAUUCCAUGAUGAUACCAAUAUGCCGUAUUUCUUAAAAGAAUACAUGCAUGAAACCAAUGGUGAAUGGGAAGUUAGAUUAAGAUACGUUAUUUCUUUCGAUAAGUUUUUGGACACGAGACCAGAUCGAGAUUUUGGGUAUAGCUCUGUAUGUCAAUACAGAUUUGACUAA